UGUUUUGCAUACGAUUGACCAUGUGGCUAUAUAAAGUGAAAACUAUAAACCGAAGUCCAUUUUACUGCUCAUUGCGCACAGGCAAGGUAUAACAUCGUUCUAGAAUGGCAACAUCGGCGUGGAUUAUCGCUUUUCUGGCAAUAUGGUGUGUGCAGGGCUGCAGUGGUCUCACCGACAAAGAGAAAAACAAAGUGCUAGAAGCACAUAAUAAUUAUCGGGGAAGCGUUAAGCCGCCAGCAGCCAACAUGAGAAAACUUGAAUGGGAUGAGGAAGCCGAAGGUAUUGCCCAGGAGUGGGCUGAUGCUUGUACGGCAAAGAGGAAAGGAGAUCCACAGGGACAUCGAUCAAGCACCAAACUCGGCGAACUUGGAAUGGGUGAGAAUCUCGCAUUUAGCACUGAUCCAUUCGUUGGUAAAAAACUGCUCUCCGGCGUCCAAGGUUGGUACGAUGAAGUUAAUUUCUACACGUACGCGAGUGGCGCUUGUCAACCAGGCAAGAUGUGCGGUCAUUAUACACAGGUUGUUGACACAAGAAGCCUAAAGAUUGGGUGCGCCACAAAUAGGAGGGAGUGCAAGAACGGUUACCCUUAUGUGUUUGUAUGCAACUACUCACCUGCCGGAAAUUUCAAUCGUCAAAAGCCUUAUGAGGUAGGCGCUCGUUGCUCAUCAUGCCAACCUGAAAACAAGUAUUGUAAAGACGGAUUCUGCAGUGAUUGUGAACCUGGUGAUAAAGGCUGUUCAUGCAAAGUUGACUGCGGACGUCAUACAACGGUUAAAUCUACAUGCUCCUGCAAAUGUAAAAAAGGAGCCUGGGGACCAACAUGCAAAAAACCAUGUGUGAACACCCCACAAUGUACCGACCCCGGAUAUGACAAAUAUCCUGUCAGUACCGUAUGUGUUAAUCCAUAUUUUUCUGAACAAUGUGCCAAAAAGUGUCAGAAAACGUGCUAAGAAGUGCUGAGACGGCUUAGACGAGACUUUUUCUCUUUGUAUACAUAACCAUGGAUAUAAUCGAAUUACUAAUGUUGAGGUUUUAUCUGCUAUUGAGAAUCAAAGUUAUGUCAGAUAUAAUAUUCAUGUAUAAUAUGAGGCGUAAUCAUGCUUACGCGUGCGCUACACAAUGCGCAUGCUCAGUCAUGGUCGGUGUAUUCAUAAUACUGUACAUUAUUUAGACCUAAUGAUGUAGUGUAAUAACUCAUUACAGAGGCAGGAUACACAGAUCUGGUGAAUAUGCCUAUAAACAAUACGUAGCCUCAACUCGCUUUCCCUAAUGGAUACCGUAAAUAAAAUUAUAAUACAAGCCAUAUUUACAGUUAAACAUAACGUUGAGCCUAGUAGUGUAACAAUUCGUAUGAACGGAGUAUUUUCGUAUCCAAGUCAAUCAACAUCAACCUAUAUUGUGUGUAUAUUUGUUUAUGUCGAUUGAACUUUGGUACGGGCAUGCUCAUUUCAAACUACGAAUUGGCUUAUUACGUGUAGGCUUAGAACUUUAACUGUAGAUUAUUAGCUUAAAAUAUUAUAUAUUUACCAGGUGUAUAUAUUACAAUGGAAUCAUAACUUUGAUUUAACGGUUUAUAUGUUUUCUUUGUGAAUGUAGGCCAAUAUAUGUUAUUUUGUUAAUUAUUUUCAUUAAGUUUUAAUACAGUUAUGUUGUUUAAUAGUAGGGCUGAAAGUUGUUGAAUUGAAUUGAAAUUGUUCACAGCCAAACUUUCGUAUAUUAGCUCGGUUUUUCAUUUAAGGCGUCAUUGCAAUAUAGAAUUUGAUAUGGCAUAAAUGUUCUUUAUUAAUACUUACAAUAAUGAAAAUAUGUCCAGCUACUGACCCACCACCGGUUACGUGUAGCGCGGUAAUAUAGUAUUGAUUAGCCUUAAAUAUUCGCAUUUAUCAAUUUAAUAAAUACUGUAUACAUUUUACACAUGAGAAUGUAUUAAAAUAUUGCAGACAAUUGAAUAAGAUACAUACAAAUGUACAAAA